UAUUAUUUUAAGAAAGACCAAAUUUCGGACUUCCGUCAACUUCUAUUUGUUCUGAUGACAAGCACGGCUCGGCGGAACAGUGUAGCAGUGGGCAGCUCCAUUCUCCGCAGGGCAUCGCUAUCGCAAUUCCAAUCCUUCACUCUCUCUUCAAAUUUAUCGUUUUCACCUCAUUUCCGACGAUCAACAGCAAGAACCUUGGCCGUUUCAAUGGCGAAUGAAUCGGGGAGUGGAGUGGUUCGCUUCAAAGUAUCUCCCUCAACCGCUUGCGUUAUUCAGAAGGGUGAUAUCACACAGUGGUUCAUCGAUGGUUCUUCUGACGCCAUUGUUAAUCCAGCAAAUAAGGUAAUGCUCGGGGGUGGUGGUGCUGAUGGAGCCAUACAUAAUGCUGCUGGGCCAGAUCUCGUACAAGCAUGUUAUUCUGUCCAAGAAGUCCAACCUGGGAUCCGUUGUCCAACUGGAGAAGCAAGGAUUACACCAGGUUUUCGGUUGCCAGCAUCUCAUGUAAUCCAUACUGUUGGACCUAUCUACAACGUCAGUAGUAACCCCCAGGCCCUACUGAGAAGCGCAUAUAGAAAUUCCUUGGCCGUGGCAAAGGAGAAUAACAUUCAAUAUAUUGCCUUUCCCGCCAUAUCCUGCGGUGUUUUUCGGUAUCCUUAUGAUGAAGCUGCCACAGUAGCCUUAUCUACCGUUAAGGAGUUUUCCCAGGGCUUGAAAGAAGUGCACUUUGUCCUUUAUGCUUCUGAUAUUUACAAUGUUUGGUUGGACAAAGCAAAUAAACUGCUCAAGAACUAGUGCAGGCUGCGUUAGUAAUGGUAAUGGUAUCAUUCACCUUUGCCCUUUAAAGCUUUUGUGUUGUAUUCAUCUGAACAGAGUCAUGCUUUCUUAUCAAAUUCUCUGAAGGGGUUAUUAGAAUAAACAUUGGAUCCUUUCUCCAAUGUAGAGUGCUAAAAUUGCAUAUGCUUGAAUCCUCUUGAUCUACUGCUAAUAGCUUUUAUCUGUAUAUUUAAUGCUUGGAAAUGGUUUCUUGAUCAGACAAUGAAACUUAAUGAAGAAUCUAAUGGCUCUCAUGAGAACAA